AUGCAAUAUAUAGAAGAGAUAAUAAGCCAGUCUCAUCAUCUUACGUUGACUGCUAUAUUUUUAUUGAUAUUAAUUAUAGUAGCUGCAAGAACAUUGUUGGUCAGGAAACCGAAACCAUGUAGAUUAUUGGAAACAGAUAGACCGCGUGAUUUUAAGAAGCUGAUUGAAGGUGGCUGGUCUUUCGUUGAUAAGUCACUAUUAAUAGAUGAAUUCUGUAAUUUCAAUGGUCGAUUAGCAGUGACAACAAAUCUGUCAAUGAUUGCAUAUUUCUUAUCUGUGUCCGAUUCUGACAAAGAAUUUCGGACCAGAAGGAGCUUGUUCAAGGGACUUUCAAUUGAGAAUCGUCACGAAACAUUCGAAAAUUUUUUUGCUAAGUUUCCUGUGAUCUACAUCGACUUUAUGAAUACCCUUGUAGAUCACGAUACUUGGGAUUCGAUGUAUAAGUGUCUACAAGAUCUUAUUUCGAGUGUCUAUCGCAGACAUUCGUAUGUUUCUUCUAGUUUGAAUUCAACUCGCCAAAUAGUCUUUCAACAAAUAAUAGAGUGUAACAGAAAUUUGUCUCGGAAAGAAUGGGAAGAUGCAUUAAAAGCGCUCUCUUGUUAUCUCUGCAAAUUUCAUGGUAAACCGAUAAUUGCGCUUGUUGAUCAUCUUGAUGUUCCAGUGCAAAUAUCCAUAGACAAAGGGUAUUUUAUUGAAGCAAAUAGGUUUAUAAAAAACAUGUUCAGCGAGUUUUUAAAGGAAAACCCAUAUUUGGAAAAAGCAAUGGUGGCCAUUGUAGACACUAGCAACAAGAAGAUAGAUAAGAUUCUUCCUGCCAAUGCUUGGGAAUACCCACUGCCAUCAAGCGAUCGAGUGUUUCAAUAUGGGUUUGGUUUUACAGAAGCAGAUCUCAUUCAAUUAGCGAAAACGUUUAAUGUUGUGGAUUUUGAUGGCAUUAUGAAAAGAACUUUUCAAUGUAAAACGGGAGUAAAACCUAAGAUAGCUCUGUACAAUCCACAGUCCGUAUGGAGUGAAUUGUAUUUACGAUUCAAUACUUAG